CGUGUCGGGGUGAACCUGCCGAGGCAGAGAUGGGACGAGCGCGGAGAAAUGACAGCUUGUGCAGGAAUUUAGGCUGAACUGCAGCCCAUCUCUCGGAGCACUGCAGCUGUCCGCUCGGUCGAACUAUGUAACAGUUGGAAUUUCUUCCAUCAGAGCUGCAUUAUACAUAUUUUGUAUCUAUAUAUUAUUAUUAUUUUUUAUUUAGUUUGACACCUGAUCCCGUGGAAUGGUCGCAAAAGUUGACCCGGCGCCGUCCUUUUGGAUGUUGCGGUGCUCAGUCUCAAACUCGACCAGACUGUCAGCGCUCGGAGAAAUGCUACCUCUGUUAACGGGACGCUGAAAUUGUUUGCAAUUGGAAGGAAAGGGGAGAGAAGGGGACGAAGAAAUAAAUAACGGGAUCGGUUGUGGAAGGAGAUAACGGAAUUACCUCUGUGACCGGAGAACUGUGCGAGCCGCCGUUUACGCUGAAUUUCUCCAGGAUUUCGCCCCAAACAAUUCAGUGGAGACUUUCCAGUGAAUUGUUUUAUAGACUGCUGGACGUUCUUGUGGACUGUGUUGCUAUUUAAUGCAAUGGGCUGCAUCCAGAGUAUCAGAUGUAAGCCCAAGAGUUUCCGAGACAGCAUCGUCAUCCUGGAGCUGAACGCUACUAUCGACUCCAACCCCACCAGCAUCGACGAGACAUCCGGCGUGGUCUUGCGCUACCGGACGCCGCACUUUCGAGCGAACGCCCGAAUACUGGUGCCACCAGUAGCAGCUAAGGAGACGUGGACCAUCGGCUGGAUCCAAGCCUGCAACCACAUGGAGUUCUUUAACACGUAUGGGGACAAAGGAAUGUCAAGUUGGGAACUCCCUGAUCUGCGUGACGGCAAGAUCCAGGCCAUCAGCGACUCAGACGGCGUCAACUACCCGUGGUACGGAAACACUACUGAAACCUGCACCGUCAUAGGCCCCACCAAGAAGGACAGCAAAUUCGUAGUCAGUAUGAAUGACAAUUUUUACCCCAGCGUGACUUGGGGAGUGCCCGUCAGCGACAGCAAUGUGCCUCAGCUCAGCAGCAUCUUCCGCGACCAGAGCUUCACGACUUGGCUCGUGGCCAUCAAUCAGGCCACCUCAGAGACGCUGGUCCUGCAGACGAUCCGCUGGAGGAUGCGGCUGGACAUAAAAGUGGACCCGGAGAAGCCGCUGGGUCAAAGGGCCGUUCUGAAAGAGCCCGUGGCCCAGGUACAGCCACAGAUUCUGGGAAAGAAUGAGCCCAUCCCCCCCAACGCCAUGGUCAAGCCCAAUGCCAACGACGCCCAGGUGCUGAUGUGGCGGCCAAAGACUGGUGACCCUGUGGUGGUCAUCCCACCUAAAUACUGACCUGUUUUCCCUCUGACUUUCACUGACUGGCCUUGGAUACCUUAACAGUAUCAUCUUCUUCAGUUUCUUUCUUUUACUCCUGCUCCUCACCAGCUCUCACUGCUUUAACUCUUCUUUUUUUCUGUCUCUAUAUUCUCUCAUGUUUGAAAAUGAAACCAGCUCUCAGAAAACAAAACAAAAGACCAGCUGUUGCUUUGAGCUACGGGCUUGAACACUUUCUAAAGGCACUUUUGAAACCGGAGAAAAUGCAACUAUUCUACCUUCAGACUUGGUCGGGUCUCACUGUGCUAAACUGCAAAAACGAAAGAGAGCAUUUGUUUUGUUUUUUUACAGUACUGUAUAAUUGUUUGAGCCAACCGACGUAGGGUUUGGGAGUCCAGGGCAGAUUGAAGUUUUUCUAUGACCGUGCGUGUGCAGGUGGAUAUGCACAAAGGUCAUGAACAAGCAUCAGUUGUGUUUUGUUUUGUUUUGUUAAUUUAUGGACUGGAAGAGAAGCGUAUUUAAUUGUAUUUGAUGUUAUUGCUGUGUUCUCUACAUGACAAAUUGCAUUGGGUGACAUACUAGAUUUUAGUACUUUUUAAAGAAAAAAAAAACAUGCAAGACAUUCAAUCCAUGCUGCCUUACAUUACAUUGCUUUCCACUGCGAACUUCUUAGCCUUAAACAAAGUGCAAUGCAGUAUGUGGUAAACUCAUGCCCGUUCCUUCCAGACUGUUGGCGCUGGCACGUGUGGGUUUAGGACAGGAACCACAGCACUGAGGAAAAACUCGGGUUUCAGAUCUUGGCUUCUGGGUUUCAUUUACCUGCUGAAUCUAUUGUCUUAACAAACGCAACUGGCAUUAUGCACAGACACAGUUACACAACUGAGCUAACUAGCUGAGCUGUGUUUCAAGUGCUUUAUGCAAGAGAGGAGAUGCUCUGUGCAGAUGGACAUACAGAGAGGCGAGUCUCAUCAGCAGCCCUCAGCACACACACAUAAACACAAAAACAUGCAAUAACAACUUGAGCAUAAAAAAACUCCACAGCUCACCUCAUUUCACUUAUUUUACUCAAACCUUUACUGUUUUAGCAAAGUAGCAGAAAACAAGUUCUCUUUUCUCGAUAUUACACCAUCUCAGGGCCCCUUGUUACUUCCUUCCCUUCUCGAAUCUUUUUUUCCACCCAUCCUGUCUCGCCUCCUCCUUAUCACAUUGCUCACAUUGAGCAAUCAAUAUCUGUUAUAAAUAAGAAGGGAAAUAUUUUUUAAUAAGUGGUCAAUGAAAACAGCAGUCUGUCUUUUAUUUUUUGCUCCUGCAAUCUUUUUGUCAUCGCGUUUUUAUUGCUGCUGCCAUUAAUUUGCCUUCCAUCUAAUUUAAUCCAAUCAUUUGUUCUAUGUUAACAGAUUUUUCUGUUUGUUCCCCCCCCGUCCCUCACCCUCAAUCACUUUUAAUCUUUAUCUACCACCAGUGCUCCUCCUCCCACUCGCUCACUUC